AUGGGUCGCUGGUUGACACCGCGGAUCCAGGAAUGCAUGCUCAACCCUCCUGCUGCAACCCAUCACCUACUCAAAGAUGAAGUCCGACGACUUCCAGAAGUUGCAGCGGAGCUCAACUACAACAUGGUGGAAGCUGAAAAGAGUGAAGCUUUGAGUGAACUCGCAGCAGAGAUGGAGCAGAAAACCAAGGGUCUCCAGAACGCCACAUCGGCUGGGUACUUCGUUCGGACGAGCCACUGCAGCCCCAAAGACGCCGACGGAGUAAAUCUUCAACCUGUAAACAACAUGCGCGAAGCACUCGUGAAGUUGGUUUCUUCGAAGAGGACCAUCCAGGCACUCCUGAGCCUGUUCUAUCAACUCAUUCAGGACGCAAAUUUUUGGGAUAAUCAGCUCUACUUCUUCCCAUACUACACCAAGCUUGACCGUUUGAGCGAGUGGCGAUGCUAUGUCAAGGAAGGUCACAUCGUCGCAAUCAGCCAGAGCAGGUUCUAUCAGCCGAGCCACGCAGGCAUUACAGACAGUAUGCUGAGAAGGCUUGCAUCUCAGUCCCGUCGCCUGUGGUCGUGUAUCGCACUUGAUCUGAACUUCAAAAGCUGCAUCCUAGACGUCUACGCAAAAGUCCUUAAUCCCGAGUUUGAGGUGAAUCUCAUUGAGAUUAACCCAUGGGGCGCACACUCCGGCUCAGGCAGUUUACUCUUCCACUGGCUCGAUGACGCGGGUAUCCUUAAUCCCGAACAGCACGACGGGACGACUGCGAUAAGGUUGGUUGAAGCAGGCGAGGCAAAGGCCUUGACGCGCGAUGAGGCGUUUCAGAUUGGUCGAGGGAGAAUCAUUGAGGAUGAACUGCGGUGCAUGCGGGAGAGAGGGCUUGAGUGGGUUUUGGAGGAUGAUAAGCACGCCCAAUUCAUGGGCUUGCCGGUGCCAGAUGGGCAGUAUGGGCUUACGACAAGGAAGGAUGGGCUUGAGAUCUUUCGGCAAGGAUCGGAUGGCGAGGUCACGGGAGUGAGGCCGAGAGACCACCCACGAUUCCUCAAGUUGAAAAGGGCGUAUGAAGCAAAUCGUUAA